AUUCCCGCCGUUGAACACGCUCGGAUAUAACCGGAAUCAUGUGAUUGGCUAGCGGCUUUAUCCUCAACGCUCAUCCGCGCCCCGCACUGUGCACACGACUUUUCUCGCACUACUUUCCUCAGGGUUUGACACCACCAGCGACAAUGGCUUCGUCCAUGCUCCUUCACUCAACGCUGCCCAGAACCUUUGCUUCCGCGACUGGACGUAAUAUCCUGCGAUCUGCGUUGCAAGUGAGAGCGGCAAGCUCGACUACUCAGUAUGUACCAGGCGGACCUAUCAUAAAGGGCACCGUCAAUGACCCUACGGAGUUCCCUCCUCCAUCAAGAACGCAUGGGUCGUAUCACUGGGCAUUUGAGCGCCUUCUUGCGGCCUCCCUUGUUCCCAUGACGGCGGCCGCUUUUGCGACCUCUGGAUCAUGUUACCCCGUCCUCGACGGACUGCUUGGUCUCAGCUUGGUGAUGCACUCUCAUCUUGGGUUUGACUCGAUGAUUGUGGACUAUGUGCACCCGCGCAAAUUUCCCAUCCUUGGACCUGUCAUGACCUGGACACUGAGAUCAGCCACGGUUGGCGUGCUCGUUGGCGUUUAUCAGUUCAACACAAAUGACAUUGGUUUGACGGAGUUGAUUGCGAAGGUCUGGACAGCAUAAGAUUAUUAGACGACGAAGAACACUAAAAGAUGUUGAGAGUAGUAGAUAUUCACAAUAUUUAACUGGUGACCAGCCUUCGCCGUUAAGACGCAAGUUCAAACCAUCAAGCUCGCCGCGCUUGAACAGUGGUUGUCAGAAGAGAGAUGGUCAGUAUGCAUCUUCCUCCGCAAUACUUAUCCUCCGGCACUGCCAAUAACCGCCAUUGAUGUUCGGUCGUGACUCGAAGUUCCCUCGCGAAAUUUGGCCCGCCGCAUUUCUAGCUGUUGACUUCUUGGAAUAGCUGUACGCCCUCCGAACCAUGGGUAGACACAUAUGUCGAAGGCCUGAGCUGGCGGAGGGUGCUAUAUGGCGACCUCAGGUGCAGUUUUU